AUGGAAUCACCAUCAUCAUCAAGACGAAAAAGUGAAUCAAGUGUAAAUUAUCUUUAUGGGCAUCAUCAUAAAAGAUCAGAUUCAAUAGAUUUAGGCAGAAAAGGAAGUGUAAGUUCAAUAUUAUCAUUACAUCAAUCACAAAGUGCAAAUAGUACACCACCAGCUUCACCACAAAAUCAAUAUAGAAGUAAUUUCUACAAAUCAAGAAGAGAACCUUAUGAGUAUCCACAGCAGCAGCAAUCGCAACAAACUUUGCAACAACAACAACAAUCAUCCUUAGGUUUAGUACCUGAAUUACAAGUUAUUGAUUUAGAUAAAAUAACUGAAGAAUUUAAAAAAAAUCAAAGAAUUUUAGCGCAAAAAGAGGUACAUUGGUGUAAUUUUUUGAAAGAAGUUCCAAUCGAAACAUCAAAUUUAAGUCCGACUUGUUCAAGUAAAUUACCAGAAACUUCAGAAAUUUUAUUAGAUAGAUAUAAUUCUGAUUAUAAUAUUAAAGAAUCAGAUGUACAAAAAAAAGAAAAAGCUAUAAGAAAAGCAUUAAGUAAAUUUAGAUUUAAAGAUUAA